AUGCACACGCGGAUGCACCUUGGUCGUACGGCGUCAUGUGCCCUACCGUCGGAGGAGGAGGAGGCUGAGGAGGCUGAGGAGGCUGAGGAGGCUGAGGCGGCUGAGGAGGAGGCGGAGGCGGCUGAGGAGGAGGCGGAGGCGGCUGAGGAGGCGGAGGAGGCGGAGGAGGCUGAGGAAGCGGAGGAGGCUGAGGAGGCUGAGGAGGCUGAGGAGGCUGAGGAAGCUGAGGAGGCUGAGGAGGCUGAGGAGGCUGAGGAGGCUGAGGAGGCAGAGGAGGCGGAGGAGGCGGAGGAGGAGGACAACGAUGACAAGGAGGAAGUGCAGCUGCCACUGCAGCAGCAGCACAGGCAGCCAGCCAACAACAGCUGCAGCAGUGGCCAUGGCAACAUCAACGGCAGCCAAUUGAUGUGCCCACCCUUGCUGCUGCCACGACGACUGCCAGUGCAGCAGCCACCACAGCUGUUGAGGCUUGGCAAGCGCUGCCACAGUUGCAACGAAACUCCAGGCAAGCGACCACACCUCGGGCUGUACGGUGUGCUGUAA